AUGAUAUCCGUUGUCUCCAUCAGCACGCAAACUAUUACGGUCACAUCCGUGGAGCUCAGCAUCAUUGCUACCUGUCUCGGUGGCACACCCGGGUGGUUUUGCAUCCCGUCGCCAACUACCGCUCCCGAGAGCGUUACCGGAAACCCGCUCAUAGUGGCCACUUCUGGGAAUGCCCCUGUUGGAGGCGCUGUCGUGGAGAUCACCAUUACUUCAACACAAUCCUUGACCGUGUUUGAAACUGCCGCUGCAGCCGAAACCAUACAUCCUGCCACAGCAGGUUGGCAAUAUGGGGGAUGCUACAAAGAUGAUACGGUUCGAGCACUACAGAAUGAAUCGAUCACGGCAACGGUGGUCGGUGGCAUGACGACGGAGAUUUGCAUUACAUUCUGCAAAACCCUUGGGUACCGCCUGGCGGGUACAGAAGCCGGCUACAUGUGCUUCUGCGGAGACGAAGUGGUUGAUUCCUGGCGGAUUGCAGAGUCGGACUGCAGCAUCCCCUGUGAGGGAGAACCUGAGUUUGUAUGUGGCGGAAACCUCGCUCUGAGUAUCUGGAGUAUUACUGGCCGUGUUCCUAAGGCUCCGGGGCCUGAAAUGAACUUUACAGUGCCAACAUUGAGUCCAGGUCAGACGGAAAUGGCAGACUUCACCGGGGCGGUUCGGCAAAGUCUCGUUCCCAUGACAAGCGCAGUAUGGGAAUGGCCAGCAGACGAGGAUGAUUUGAAUGAUGAUGAUAUUGGCACCGAGGAAGAAGUCUCUAGGGUUGCCAUCGUUACCAAUAUGGCCCUCAAGAACAAGCAGCCGAAUCCCACAGCCAUCGACGCGGAGGGCAUGGCAUCCAGUGUCCGCGCUAUUGUUUCCGCUGCCAUGGAUGAAGUCCAAAGGAUGGCUGCAUCUGAAGUUGCAAGAGCAAAGGCCAUGAUUGAUGAAGCACACACGGUCGUUGGCUAG